AUGGAUGUCAAGACGGACGAUAACAGUGAUUCGGAUCAUGACGUCUCGGACCACGAGCACGGCUCUCCCGACAACCACCAUCCGCCCGGGUCGGCAGCGACCCACAGAGUCGCCAAGUUAGAACGCGACAAACGAACAUACCGUGCCUGUCUGCACUGUCGACAGCGCAAAUCAAGAUGCGAUCUAUACAGCAGCGGAGAGCCCGGCAGACCUCCAUGUGAGCGAUGCAUCCGAGAGCAACACGAAUGCAUCCUUGGUGGAUCACGCAGAGGCGGCCGUCGAGUUAAGCGCACAGCCACUGAUUCUACGACGGCGGGAUCAUUUGCCGGAUCACAGACAGGUUCGCCAGGCUUGCAAACACCUAUGCAGACAUUGCCAAGCUGGAAUACCCUCAACCAGGAGUCAAGAAAUCUGCCUCCGAUUUCCAAUGAUGGACAGAUCGUUGAAACUGCGAACAUGCGAGUCGACGAUAGUGUCGCCCAAACGGAUCUACAAAACCCAGCCGAUGCCCUCGAAUUCCUAGCACAUGUCGCAGAGCGGAACUCAGGCGGCCAUCAGCUGGCGCCUAUGAAUAGUACCAAGUUUGGACCCGCUUCGAGGCAGCAGAACUUGAUGGGCGGUGACCGCCCUGGGCCUCUACCGGCUACAGGAAGUUCCAUCGACUAUCCGCCACUCAUCAAGGGACAGCUGUCACUACAAAUGGUUCACGUACUCCUAUUAAGGUCAGCUCUACUCUGCGAAAAGAAGUAUCAUCCUUUCUAUCCUUUGGCAAACCCCGCAGCCAUGGACCCCCGGAAUCUUCCUACGACUGCAGUGGAAGAGAAGCAUUUGCUUGCUGCCAUCCUCACUGUUGCUUCAAAAGAUGAGAAGGAGUGGUGGCAAGUCCACGAUGACUGCUCCGCGCACAUGCAGUCACUUGUGGCAAGCUUGGUAUAUACUGGAUGUGGCUCUGUCGAGGCUGUUGAGGCGAUGCUCAUACUUGCAGAAUGGGUUCCUCGUAUCCCCGGCUCGAACUCACAACCAGCGAUCGGUCGCGGCGAAGAGGAUCAAGCCGCAUGGAUGUAUGUGGGUACAGCUAUUCGCCUGGGCUACCUUCUCGGCAUUGAUCGCACGGGCUUUCGUGUGGACCGCGAAUCCCAAACGGCUGACCUCAACCGGAAACGACUUGCAUGGGCAAAUUGUUACAUGAGCGAUCGGCAAAUAUCAGUGCGGAUUGGUAAAGCCUUCUGGUCCCGAGGUCCUGGACCUAUGACUUCACUAGAUGCUCGCGACUUCCCCAGCUUGCGUUCGACAUCGGAUGACUUUGCUGCAAUAUUUGAAGCCAACCUUGCGUUGACUCAGCUAUUCAGCAAUGCGCAUGACGUCCUCUACGCGACCAAGACCCGGUCGAACCAGCUCAACACGGGAGGAGAAUACGUCAAAUACAUCGAUGACUUCCGCGUGUCUCUUCGACAUUGGAAUGAGCGUUGGGGUGUCAUGCCUUGCUCCGAACCUCUGAAAGCAAGUCUCGUACUCUCAUACGAAUAUUUGAGACUCUACGUCAAUGCGUUCGCGUACCAGGCAACACUGAAUCGCCUCCUUGCCCAAAUGCAACAACAGCAACAACAAGGCGCAGCAAACGUCCCCCCACCCGGCAGCAAAAACGGCCCAGCUUCUUUCCUUGAAGUCGCAUACGCCCCUGACGCCCGUUUCAUCUACGACUCCGUCGACGCCGCCCGCACCCUCCUCAGCACCUUCUGCAGCCUCGUCAACCCCGAAGAAACCUUCCGCUACAUGCCUCUGCGCUACUAUCUCUACGUCAUCUACUCCGCCGUCUUUAUGUACAAAGCGCGCUCCACAGGUAUCAUGGGCGCCAGCGACCGCAGUGCCGUCCGCGAGCUGAUCCCCAAAACCAUGGAGAACCUGCAACGCAGCAGCGCCUGUCCCAACGACGUUGGCGAGCGGUAUGCGAAACUCCUGCGUCUCCUGUGGAGCCGACGGCCCGGCCGAGGUAGUAUCAUCGACCCUUCAGACAUCCUGCAGGCGGUGCGAAACAGCAAUACCGGCCUCGGCGACCUCAUCAACAACAACGCUAGCACCGCCACGGGAGGCUCUUCCGAGAUCCCAUCCAACCCUUCCGGUAACAAUCUCGCUCGCGCGAAUUCGGACUUUCCCAACCCCAACGAGGCCGCACCUCCGUCAAUCAACACGUUCAGCUGGCUGGAUCUCAGUGCCGUUGGGGAUUAUGCGAUUGAAAACCGCGGCCCUCUCACGGGGAAUUUGAUGGAUAACUUGGAUCGCUUCGACGACAGUUCUGCGGAUGGAUUGUCGACGUCGCAGUUUGAUAUGUAUAUGCCGCCACAGUAUGCCAUGAAUGCGUGGUCGCCAUCGGGGAUCAUUUUUUGA